AUGACACCGAAAUCUCACCGGGUGCACGCUCCUCGUGCUGACAGCAUCGGGACAUCGAACACAACUGCAAAUUUGUUCUUGGGUGGCGUGCGGAGGAAUUGGAUGGGGCCGGAGGGCUCGGGUCAAAUACGCGCGCGACAACUCUCCGACCUUCCUAUACCAGGCACUGAGCCUCCACGUGAGCCCUUGAUGUCCCCUGGUGACAUUCUGCCUUUCCCCCGUUCCGGAGGAUUUACGGCCGUCAACGGGUUCACCGCUGUCAAUGCAAGAAAACCUCCUCCGCCAGCGGCGGCGUUCCCCUCGCCGGUGCCGAGCACAAAUUCUCAACCCAGCCCAGUUACCCCCAACGCGAGCUUGCAGCCCGGACAACAGGCGCAGCGUGGAAAUGCGCAACAUAUGGCAGCGACCCUGCCAACGGUAGGAGUCCCCCGGCCCCAAUUUAGAAUUGAGAGUUCCGAGCGCGUCACAAAUCCGUAUGGCACACCGACGACGAUACCGGGCCCUGGUGGACAGCAUGGGAGUGCGCAACAUACGCCCUCAGCCGUACCUCCAAGCAGAACCCAGAGCCCUUUAGUGGGAGCCCAGCGAGAAGCAAAUGCCCGUGGCACACCCACGACGGAACGAGGCUGUGAUGGACAGCAUAGAAUCGCGCAACAAUCACUCUCGGCUCCACCUUGGAGCAUAUCUACUCAGCGCACUCCCACUACUCAGAGUCCUUUGAUGGAAGCCAGAGUUGAUACAAAUGCUCAAUCCACACAAGGGCAACCGCAAGAUGCCGGGUCAUCCCCUGCGAGCUCCGAGCCAACCGACGAUUUGUGGAAAGCCUGGUCGGAACAGUUGAAAACUCUCAGAUCUGAUUUAAACAAGCAGCUCACUGGGACCGUGGGUCUACCUCGAGUUGAUCUGCUGCGCCAAGCUAUCGAAAUGAAAGACACUUUUUAUUUGGUGAUGCAUCAGUUGUUCUGCCGAUCUAGCAUUGAUGCAACGACCCUAGGUUAUGUUGGAGCACCUGAGGCAGGAAUGCGCAUGCUCGCCCGUCUCCUAGAAGACAACGAAAAGAUGGACUAUGCAGUCACCUUCGGGUUGGCUCAUUUCCCAGCAUCUCCUCAGACCUUGACCACGCAACCGUGGUACUGCAAAGCAGUUGCAAAGGUUCCGCUCUUCUUAAAACUGCUGACAAGUCAAUGGGAGCCUGUGUAUGCCCAGGCCUUCCGUCCGCCUCUAGUGGAUGAGCUUCGAGAAAGGUUCACAGUCGACUCUCCGGUCUUAAUGUCGGUGAUGUUUAUGUGUAUUUCGCGGGGACUUUAUGAAGAGCAAUAUAUCAAAAAGCUCUUGAACUUGUUCUGGAAUGACUGGGGCUCAUACGCGGGUCUUCUAGACAAUCGGGUUACGGAGACAAGCAGGCGGGCUUUGUGCCAGGACUUGACUCGGGAGUAUCUCAAGUUUCCCAAGGCCUAUGUACCGUCUCAGUCACCUCUGAUAGCUCAGGUAGCUCAGCCACCUCAGGUAAUUCAAUCACCGCAGGUAGCCCAGUCGCCUCAGGUAGUUCAGUCGCCGCAGGUAGUUCAGUCGCCGCAGGUAGUUCAGUCACCUCAGGUCGCUCAAUCGCCUCUAUCUCAGUCGCCUCAGGUAGUUCAGGCUCAGUCAUCUCAAUCACCUCAAAUGAUUCAAUCUCCACAGGUGACACAGGCGACGCAGGUCCAUUACCCCAAUCCCCCACAACCUAGCCUCCAUAUACAGACCACGCCACAAACGGUGUCGGUCUCAUCGCCCUACCUUGGAUCUCCGGCUUCUGGCCAAUUCCCUAGCUCAGCUGGCGGGUACUAUCAUUCUUCGAAUUCCCCCCAAGUGCUCGGUGAUCCACAGACUGGUUACUGGCACUCUCAGCCCCAACUUCACCCGAGGCUGAUGCACCCAGCGCGUCUUGGACAAAUACACCCGUCUCAAAUGCAUGGAAUGGCACAGGGACCCCAAAUGAGAGGUUUCGCGCAAGCCCCAGGACACAUGCCUCAAGAUCCAUCCGUCCCUUCGACACACACUGUGUCUGUUAAUACCCUUCCCCACCCCUUCACAUCUCCCAUCAGUAUCAAUUCCCAUUCUCAGAUCACACAGCCCCAACAACCCAGACAACAGCCUUUACGGUCUGCACCUACCAUACCAACGGAGAGAGAUCCUUCGAUCUCUUACUUUCUGCCACCUCCCGAUUACCGAGCACCGAUGACGGUGAAUCCAGUUCCAAUGCGGCUCGGCCUACAUCAGGCGAAUCUUCGCGAUCCUAUCAAAAAGCUGUUGACAACGGGAGCAGAUGGGCAGGAUCUUGAAACCAGCUUGUCUUGCUACCUUGCCGGUGCUGCUGUAUCGCCGACUGUUCUCAAUCCUCAGCAGCCGAUGUACGGAUGGACUUUCAAUGUCAAUGACUCGUUCUUUCAAACAUUACCCCGAAUGGCUCCUCAAGGUGCAGGGCAACGUCCCAUCUGGGCUUACAGGGCUGGUUGUCACACUCUUCGUUUGCGGUGCAUCCGCCUUCCCGGAACCCCAAUUUCCUGUCAAGAAGAAUGGCCUACCGCAAGCACAUAUUGGCCCAGUGUUAUUUACGUCCACGUCAACGACCAAGAGAUGUUCGUCCGUCGAAAGGUUCACAACGGGAAAGAUCUCCCUCUGGAUAUCACGGCAAACAUUCGCCCGGGUCGAAACACAGUCAGGAUCACUCUGCUUCUGGGAGGGGACGAGUGCAAGAAUUCCCGAUAUGCCAUGGGCGUGGAAAUACUGAGAAUCAAUGACUUCGAGUCCAUUAAAAACAUGGCAAAGUCCAUCUCAACCGCCGACUCUCGCGCACUCAUCCAAAAACGCAUCGACCCGAUAUCAGAUGACGACGACGUGGCCGUGGUCACGGACAGCCUGACAAUCAGCUUGGUAGACCCUUUCAUGGCGCGAAUCUUCGACAUCCCAGCCCGGUCCCGAAAUUGCACUCACUUCGACUGCUUCGACCUGGAGACAUUCAUCAAAACCCGAAUGUUUGAAUGUGACGAGAAACCCAUGAUCGAGAACUGGCGCUGCCCCACCUGCAAGAAAGAUGCUCGUCCGCAGUUCCUCGUCAUCGACCAGUUCCUCGCUGAGGUGCACGUAAACCUGGCCGCCACCAAUCGCCUCGAAAACGCCCAGGCAAUCCAAUUCAAGGCUGAUGGUUCUUGGAAAUUGAGGGAACUCACCGAUGAGCCUUCUCCCCGCGCCGAUCGGACCUGUUUGGCGACGAAGCGAAAGGCCGAUUCUUUGUCUACCCCUCAACCGGAUGCGCAACGUCCUAAGACUGAAGUCACUCCCUCGGCCCGGGUUCCUGUGACUGAUCAUACCGUCAUUGAGCUGGACUGA